GUUCGUUUCCUGAGCGACGCCAUUAACGAAACAACAAAUUCGCGAAAACGACAAAUCGUCCUGCAGCGAGGCGACCCUCCCGGCGUUCAGGUGUAACAAAUGCUCGAUAAUCGCGCAAGAUCGCCGGCGACGAGCCUAUGCCUACUCGAAGCUAGAUGAUCGAUCCCGCGCCGAGGCUGUGCCAUUGAACCCCCGAAGGCGUCCGGGGAGGCACAAAGGAGACACAAACGGACACGGCCGCGGUCGUAAGGUCGUGCGCGCGCGCGCGACGAAAAAAGGCCGAGUCGAAGGAGCGCCCUUUCGCGCCCAUCUUUCCCGCGACCUUCCCGCAGAAACAACAUCAGCCAACGUCCGUCCCCUCGCGCCCCGAGGCGUCGAGGCUGCGGCCGACGAAGGCGACGCACCGAGCGCGGUGAAGGGUCCGCGCCGGCAGUCCUUGGCAGUGCUCCUGCGACGUGGCGGGCGCGCGAAAAACGAGCAAGGAGAGCAGCAGCCGGGCGACGGUCACGAGGAAGGCGACAGGAACCGCCGGGACCGGCUGGCCGCGCGGUGGGGCUGCCGGGGUCAAGCCGGCGGAUAUAAGGCCUCGUGGACGUCGUCCAGGCAUCACUUCAACCGCUCCGAGCCAGCAAGUAAACCGACCAGCCACCAGCCAGCCACUCGCCAGCCACCAAGCAACCAUGUACAAGCUCGUCGCUCUGUUCGCCCUGCUGGCCUGCGCCACAGCCGCACCAGGUUACCUGCACGCGCCCGUCGCCGUCGCAGCGCCGGUCGCAGUCGCCCACAGCGUGCCGGUCGCCCACGGCUUGCCGAUCGCCACCAGCUACGCCAACACCUACAAAGUCUCGGUGAAGAGCCCGUUGGUCGCCGCCGCGCCGAUCGCCUACACCGCGCCGGUCGUCAAGGCCGCGCCGGUCGUCGCAGCUGCGCCAGUCGUCGCCGCAGCGCCCGCCGUCGCCGUCGCUCACGCCCCGGUCGCCUACGCCGCCCACGCCCCCGUCGUCGCUCUCCACUGAAGGGACCUGUACAGAUGCGCUCCGGCCGUCCGUCGCCAUGGCCGCCGAUGGCGACGACGUCCUCGCCUCCGUGCCCGGCCAGCUGGACGGACGCGCGGCUUCCUCGGAACGACCGGUCAGUCGAACGACCGCGACAGCUUUGUAGCAGCCACUGGCCGGCCGACCGACCGACCGAUCGCUGCGAUUAAGCAAUAAAACCGACGUUUCUGCCUUUUGCGUAAA